AUGGAAGAUGUAACCGAAUUAAGGAAGCGAUUUUCUUCUCCAUCUGAAGCAUCUUUACAAAUUAAACCUUUAGUUCCUGCCAUUGACUUUGUUAGAAGCACUUUCCAAAUAUGGGACAAAAUCGUUAAUGAUAGAACUCUUGACAUUCCUUCUCACCAGGUUGUGAUUGAGGUUGUGAUUGAGGUUUGGAUUACGAAUUUCAGCCGCCCCCUGCCCGCCCGUCAAUCUACAUCCGCUGCUCUUCUUCGUUGCUCUUUUGGUGCAAGAUACGAGGAAGAAGCCGGAUUUUACGAUGAAUUUGUUAAAGCUAAACAAAAAAAGAAGCUAAAACAGCGCUUGUUACAAGAAAUCAAACCAACAUUUGAUUCCUUACUGGACAACCUAUCUUCCCAAGCUCUAAGUGAUUUCAAAUUAAAAAUCGACAAAGAAUUGAAUGAAGGGAAAAAAUUUAGCCAGGCUGCAAAUUGGUCUAGGAUGUUGACGAUGUUUGAGAGUGCAUACGAAGAUUCAAAGAUUCAACAAGUGGAAUGGACAAUUGCAAAAAAAAUAGAAUGGACAUCUGUAAAUGUAAAGAAGAAGUUGGUGGCUCAAAUGAGAGAUCAUGCGAAUUCCAUUAGGUCAAUUAAACAAAAUGAGUUUAAAAACCAAGUUAUGUCAAAACUAAAAAGUGGAUUGAUCAAGUCUAUGGGAGCUAUUUUGAAAACACCCGAAAAUAAUAUGUGGGAUAAACUUAAUGAUCUCUUUCGUCACGAGACAGACUUGGUUUACUAUGAGUUUAGGGCUGCCCUGGUGGACUUUGGGGUAGAUAACACUACUAAAUUGGAAGAACUUCAAACUUUGAUGGGAUAUGGAAGACAUAUAAUCGAGAAAAGUGUGAGGAAAGAAAUCCAUAAAAUUGUGCCGAUUAUGCAAAAGAAGUAA